ACAUCUCUAUCGCCCGGCCUUCCACAUCUGCCCAAUGAAUCAGGAGCGGAUGCGAUGUAUCCUUUUUCAGUGGAGUGAAUGGCCAAUGGGAGUUGGCUUGUCGAGCAAACACUGAGCCCUGCGUUCCCAUUCAUUCAGUGCUGAGCAGGCCCGCGGAGCAGGAGAGAGCGCGCCGAUGUCCGCGAGCCGACGACGCUUUUUUGCGAGCGCAGACUCACCGCAACAAUAAGUAGCCAGAACUCAAACCCAGCUCUCCGCAAAUAGGCCCUACUCGAAGAGGAAAAAGUCUUGGAUAUAAGCUCAGUCGUGUUUGAUUUUAUUUCUUCCGAGACGUUUUUUUACGCAUUUCUUUUUUUAUUUUACAACAAUUCCUGCGGGACUUAAGUUGCCUAUAGAUCGGCCUCCCAAGUGCGCAGCAGUUCUCCGGGUGCCUUCCCUCCUUCCUCCAUCAGAGCUCCACUUGGGAUUUACUUUGUUUUAUCCUGGGACGAAUGCAUGCGUAACCCUCGCAGAACUUCUCCGCUAAACCACCUAAGAAAAGGGAAUAACGCAAAGGGAUACACUCAACACUUGGAUUAACAGCCAGUGAAUGUUAUGCAUCAUAGUUUAUAGUAUACGUUUGGACAUUGCCCCUUCCUUUUGGAUGGAGUUUUGGUAGGCUAUUUGAUUGAUGGAUUCGACGUUAUGGAUGGUUGCAUAUAGGUUUUCCGAUGCAUGCCAAGUCCACGGUGAAUGUCGGAAGUGGUGAUCCCCCCAGAUGGAGCUCCAAAGUCAACAUGGCCCCGGCGGUUCAUUAGUGGUGAUCCAGCCGCCUCCCCUAGAGAGCCGGCAGAGGUCGGAUUACGAGCGGGAGCUCCAGCAUGCCGCCAUUCUCUCCCUGGACCAAAUCAAGGCCAUCCGCUCCAACAACGAGUAUACCGAGGGCCCCUCGGUGGUACGGAGGCCCCCUGUACCCCGCAUGGCCCCCAGGCCCCAGGACAAGCAGGAGAGGACUCACGAGGUCAUCCUCGUCAAUGUGAACAACAAUUAUGAGCACCGGCCAUCAGGCCACCACCAUCACGUCGGGGGCGGCGUGGUGGUUGUGGCUGGGGGGCAGCAGUACGGUGGGUCCCGGGCACCGGGGCUCAGCCGCUCCACUAGCACAGGAAGUGCUGCCAGUUCAGGGAGCAACAGCAGUGCCUCCUCUGAACAGGGACUCUUGGCACGCUCGCCCCCCACCAGGCCCGGGAUGAGCUUACAGAACCACCACAGACCAGAGCGGCCUGUUCGGACUCAGCCCAAGCCCAAGGCCCUUUUACAGCCCCAGCAGGGACCUCACUUCCAUCAGCCUCCACUGGAGGCUCCACUCAAACCCCAGGGCAAAGGGAAAUCCGACUUUUCUGGCUCUGGCAACGGGGUGGUGGCCGCCGCCGGCCACCAGUUCAUCUGUGAGCGCUGUGGGAAGUGCAAGUGCAGCGACUGUACGGCUCCCAGGAGCCUGCCUUCAUGUCUGGCGUGCAACGGCCAGUGCCUCUGCUCGGCUGAGAGCGCGCUGGAGCACGGCACGUGCAUGUGCCUGGUUAAGGGCAUCUUCUACCACUGCUCCAAUGACGAUGAGGGGGACUCAUGUGCGGACCAACCCUGCUCGCUGUCACGUUCCCACUGCUGCUCUCGUUUCCUGUGCAUGGGAUUAAUGUCGGUACUCUUCCCCUGUCUGCUAUGCUACCCACCUGUCAAGGGGUGUCUGAAGGCGUGCCAGGGCUGCUACGACCGGGUUAACAGGCCCGGCUGUCGCUGCAAGAACUCCAACACUGUCUAUUGCAAACUGGAGAGCUGGGCCCCACAGACCCAGGAAAAACCUUCCUGAUCGCCCCUGUGUGUUUGUGAUUGCGUGUGCGCGGGAGACUCUUGAUGUGGAUCUUAUGAUGAUAAUGAUGAUGAUAGUCACAAAUUAAUGUUUAUCAAACAUUCUAAGCACCUCCCACCAGCCUCCCCUCCUCGCUGCGGAAACCUAAGGAGCUAAGCAAAGGAGUAACGAAAACCACUCAAUUAUUUUUAUUUUCUCUGGAUCAGGACCAUGUUUUUACAGACCAGUGUUUGCCUUAACUGUUUCUAUGUCUAUCCUUAGCUCCUCAUUAACACUUUUAUAUUUAUAUAUAUACAUAUAUACA